UCGAUUCGUUGGGCGUUCGUUCGGAUUUUUCUCUUUAUCAUCGUUUUAUUGGUUAAAUUUAAAAUUUUUAAUGCCGAAAUUUUCAAUUAUUUAAAAGUGACUGUUUAGCGUUAUUUUUUUUCCGAAAUUUCUUAAUAAAGUAUUUAUAUUAAUAUUAGUUUUCGUUCGGUAGGUGGCAAUAAAUAUAUAAUUUUACGCCUGCCAUAUUAAUUUUCUGCUCCGCUUUGUUGGUGGUGGUUGUGAAAAGUUUGAAAAACUUUUGAAAAUGAGUUUUCAAAAGCAAACAAAGUUGAAUUUUAGAGGUAAACGCAAACGGAGUGACAGUUGUAAAAGUUCAUCUCUCGAAAACUGUCACGUGAACAAAAUGAUGAAGACAAGUUACAAAUCGACCCAGAAGUACAAGAAGUACAUUGGAAAUCACAGCAAGGGGCAUCCAAACGGUUUUUCAUGUAAUAAUAAUAGGGCAGGCAGAAGUGUUCAAAAUAACAACAAUCAUAAAAUUAUAGUUCCUAAUUACUUCGGUGGGAAUGCGAGGGAUCCUCUCAACUUGAAUGGACUGAUUGCUUGUGGUGGGUUGAGCCAUUCGGUGACCCCUAUGUCGUCACCAAUGCCUUUAUUGACGCCACACAGACAAGAUGUUCUGGUGCCAGUUUUUCGAGCUGCUAACAUUUAUGAUCCUUUGAACCUUCUCGGAGAGGACACUGAUGAUGUAAAUGAUCAAAAAGCCAGACUUCACCAGAGAGCUAGAAAAAAACGUUACUUGCUUAAAAUUAAACAUAAAAAGCAAAAUAAGGCUGUUAAUGUAAAUUCUAACAACCUUAGUGGAAUGAGUGAUAAAAAUAUAAAUGACAACAUGCAAUGUAGGGAUGUGACUGUUUGCAACAUUAAGGAGACAUGCACAAAUGAGAUGAAUCAUUCUGAUACCAAUGCUACAUUGGGUUCAACAAAUGAAACUGCUGCAAAUAAUUCUGACAUCACAAUCAAAAGAGACUCAUCACGUGAAACAUCUGAUUCACAGAAUUUCAUAAAGCCAGUUACAAAUUCAAUAGAAACAUCUACAUCUGCCUUGGCUUCUAAGAACAAAUCAUCCAACAAAAAACCUGAAGAUAUACCAACUCGAGCCAGUAAACCAAAAAGGCGAAAAUCAAUUAAUCUCUCAACAUCUAAAAAUGUCAUCAAGUACAAUGCUAAAAGUGAGCGAUAUUGUCACGGAAAUUUCAAUUUGUUUAGUAGUUACAAGAACAGUCACUACCACGACAAACGGUUGGACUCGCUACCCAGAGAUAAAUUUCUCGACAAGGAGGUUCUUGAAAUUGGUUGCAACUCUGGCUUCGUGUCUAUUAAGCUAUCAAAAGAUUUCAUGGCUAAAAAAGUGCUUGGCGUUGAUAUAAAUGAAAAAUUAGUCAAUGCAUCUAGAAGUAAUUUAAAUUAUUUUUCAAACCUGAGCAGCAGGAAAAGUACCAGCAGUCAGCCAUCAUUGUAUCCGGAACAUUUCAGUAAAUCAUUUGGUUCUAUGUGCCAUCCACUGCUUAAUUUAGAUCUAACAUGCCAUGAAUGGACCAACCAUGUUAAAGAUGAAGUUGAUGAUGAUUGCCUCAAAUUUCCUCACAAUAUUCAUUUCAAAUGUGCUGAUUAUGUUCCAACAAGCCAACUUGAAAUUAAGAAUGAAACCCCUCAAUACGAUGUGAUCGUGGCUCUGGGGGUGACCAAGUACAUCCACCUGAACUAUGGAGACGAAGGACUGAAGAGGACAUUCCAGAAGAUUUACAGACAGUUGAGGCCUGGAGGCAGAUUUAUCAUGCAGGCACAGAGAUGGAGUACUUACAAGAAGAAAAAAAGAAUAAAUGAAGAAACUUUAGCAAGGUACAAGGGUAUAAAGUUGCUCCCAAACACCUUCAAGCAGUACCUGAUCAGUCCAGAGGUGGGCUUCAGUCAGUACAUCAACUGGCCAGUGCAUGCUGCUUCAACUCCUCAUCACGUUAAUAAACUACAAAAAGGUUUUGCUUUUAUCACAUGGUUUUUUUUAAAUUUUAUUUUUAAUUUAGUUUAA